GCUCAACCCACUUACUGAUCACAAAGCGAAGAUCUAUUGUCAAUUUGCCGACCUGGAUCCCGGGGUCAGAGAGUCUCUUGUUACUUAUCCCAAUUCCUUUUUAUCAACCCAUUGCGAGUCCCAUUAUUUUUUUUGGUUAGGGUUAGCUAUAAAUACCAUUACCCGAUCAUAGUACUUCCAUAUAAACGUAUUGAACAGACAACCUGCGGAACAUUGAACGGUAUUUUGCUGCACCGCCAUUAAGUAUGGCAGGUCGGAUCCGACGGUAUGCGACCUCCCUCUCCAGCCUGAUCUUGUGGGUGUUUUGGCUCAAAUUGACGGCAGCUAGUGACGGCUCGCAGGGACAUUACGAAGGGGGGUCUCUCACAUGGAUCGCCGAUCAAAACAAUCCACGGAAUGUAAACAUCACGUUCCAGUUGAACUUCAGACACAGUUACUUCAACGGCUACCUACACGAGCAAUGCAGCGAAACCGCGAUCCGGGAGAAGGAGGUACUGAGCACGGAGGGCUCGUUCCGGGUAGACGGUGAGAGAGUGACCUGGGCGAACUACGUCUGCACGGACUUCGACGAGGAGAUUAAUUGGAGCACUGGUAGCUUUACAUUCACUCAUCGUCUGACUCCAGAACAAACAGGAAUUGAUGUCAAUUUUGAGGAGUGUUGCUGGCUGACAGAGAUCGCCAAUAACGGGCAGCAAGUCUCCGAGGGUCGGGGUUGGAACCUCGCCAGCAGGGUCGACAUCUCCCCUCGCCCGGACAAUAAUAAAGUGAACAGCCCACCGGUGUCACUGUCUCUGCCCGUAUACCGGAUGAAGAAGGGCUGCCCUGGUGUACUGUACAUUCCUGCAUCCGAUCUUGACGAUGACGUCAUUCGGUGUAGGUGGACGGACCGUGACAGAAGGGAAUGUAAUCUACAUGAUGGUGACGUGUGUGGCCCGUUGUUUGUGGACUCAAAGAGGAAGAAAUUAGGAGCAGAACUUGAAGAGGACACCUGUAAGUUGACAUUUCGAGCUAAGAACCCCGUUGGUAUCUACGCUGUGUCGGUCAUGCUUGAAGACUUUGCUCCCACCGACCUUACCUCGCCACUCAGCAAGAUCCCUCUACAGUUUCUCUUCGAGAUCUUGCCGAAUAAGGGACCGUGUCGACAGCCUCGGGUACUGGGUGGCCACGGCGAGUGUGUGACGGUACCGGCCGGUCAGGAGAUGCAGCAUACCAUCUUGGCUCAGAGUUCCUCGCCAGAAUUUGAAAUUACCAGUAUUGAUACAAUAAAGUCUCGCGGCAUCAGCGUAUCUCCCGUCAAGAAGGUGGACGGUACCGACGCGGACUAUUUCAUCACGCUGACGUGGACACCGGCCAUUGGUCAGCUCGGACGUCACAUGGUUUGUUACAGAGCUGAGGAGGAAGGGGAUUUCUCGAGUGACGCAGCGUGUGUCUACAUCAACGUUGUGGAUCCGGAGCAUUUUGUGCCCUUUUUUGUAAUGACGUCAGAGUCUGUACCAGCACCAGGAUCAAAUGUCACAGAGAGAGAAAUUGUUAUCAAGUUUAACAAGCAGAUUUUGAGACCGAAGGAGUCCGGGUUUGUCACCAUUGUGGACGCCGAGGGAGAGGUCAUGUAUACGGAGGACACCAAGAGGAGUGAAGUGGAUGGGAACGAUCUCAGCUUCAGCCUUCCCUUCGAUCUGGUGUACGGAGCAACCUAUCGGAUCGAGGUAGACUCAGAUGCAGUCCGGACCAGACGUCGCUGCGAGGCAAGACUCUCUCGGACCGAGUGGAGCUUCACCUGGAUGGGACGGAAACUGCCCGCCAUGAUCGAGGCUCCACUACGGACGGCCCGCCCGAGGGCACCAGGGUCCAGCCCGGUAGACUGUCACGGCAACUUCAUGCAAGUCUUUGUCUCCAAACGGCUCUCCGGAGUCAUAGACCCGCGCACAAUGUACCUCAAUGAUCAAAGGUGUAAAGGGAUGGAUUACAACGCAACGCAUUACGUCAUCGGGACGUCAUACAAUGGGUGUGAAACAGCUGUUACUAAGGAAGAAAACGGGCUUGAAAUUGGUCUCGUCACCUUCGAGAACACAGCUCACAUCCCACCCCAACCGUACACAUCCGGGAGCGAGAUCACGCGAGAUCACAACAUCGAGAUCCACCUCGGGUGCCGUGUCCACGAAAGCUCCGUGAACUAUCUGUCGUUCGACCCCAACGUCACCACUCUCGUGUUCUACGACGAAGGGUACGAAAGGUAUAACUUUUCGCUCGAAAUGUUCGACGACGGCAGUUUCACCACGCCGUUAAAAUCGAACACUUUCCCCAUGAAGGUCCAGCUGCAUGACAUGAUGCACUUCGAAGCCCGUGUGAAGUGCCACCCUGGGAAGGACUGCUCCCUCGUGCUCGACAGGUGCUGGGCCACGCCAUCUACGAACCCAUUUGACUUCACUCGUUUUCCUUUCCUUGAGGAUGGGUGUCCCCGUGAUGACACCGUACAGUUGCUAGUCUCACCUUCAAGCAGCCGGAAGCGAUUUUCCCUCAGCUCAUUUGCUUUCCUUGGAGAACACCACAUUAAUGGCCCGGUGUACGUACAUUGCGAGAUGAGGGUCUGUUACGCCAUGGAGUUUGAUGCCGCAUGCGAGACGAUUUGCACCGACCCUUCGCUGGAGGAGAUCUUCGGCGGGGUCAGCGAGCGGGGAUCGGGUGAUGAAGUGAACCAUCUGUUGCAGCACCAGGCUAAACAUGGCUCCUCUUCCCCCGGUAAAACGUCUCACUCUCGGGCUCAUGUGACGACAAGACACGUCAGGAAUGCACGGGCGUCGGAAAGUGGUGCUGGCUACCAUGAGUAUUCACCACUAGGCUUCAAUGCAGACGUUGUUGAGAUUUCCAUGUUGGGAGGUAUCAUGGCCUUACUGAUGGUUCUGAUCGGCAUUCAUUGUGCCAGAUGGAGAAGCGACUCCAAAAAGACUAACGUCGACGUCUAGGGAGCGGGGAUUUGCCACAAAAUGGGGGAAGGCCAGUCAUUAUUUCACUAUAGGAUAUAAGUUGCUUUCUCAGCCCGGUAAACAACACAGGUGGUUCACAAUAAAGCGCGACACCAAGAGUUUGUUCCGGCGUUAUUUUUUUGUUAUACCGCAGUUAGACUGGGCCCCGCAUGGAUAAAGACAGGUACCUGCCGCUAGUUCCAUUGGAUACAAUGAUGUUUGAUAAACGUGCAACCAUUUUUUUUAUUCUUUCGAAAACACUACACUACUGUCAUGUCCGCAAUAGACUUUGACUGCGUAUCUCAUGUGAAAUUAAUGAGGUCAAAGGUUAAAACAUACGCCAGUUUUUGAUGCCGGUGUCAGA